ACGUGGGCUCCAUUCAUGAAGCGGCGACGCGGCCGCCGGGGCUUAAAGGGGAAGCGGCAGCGGCCGCGGCGGCUGCGGGGCGCGUCCUCACUGCGCCUGCGCGCCCGGAGCCGGCUCCGGACCCUGCGCGCCGCUCCCGGCCCUGGCAGGACCCUCCCGGGCCGCGAGGCUGGGGGCCCCGGGGGGAGAGCUGGGGGGCCCGUGUCCCGCUCUGCUGACCCGCGGGACCGCUGCGGCCCUGAGGUCCCCGUGCGUCGCGGACACGGUCCCCGAGGCGCUUCCGAGGCUGCACGGCGGGCACAGCGCGCGUUCCCCCCCCGCGUCAUUCCCGGACCCGCCUCGGCCCUGCCGGGCAGCGGGGGCCGGUUCACAGACGACCCGACAGCCUUGUCCAGGGUUCGCAGUGAGGUCUGGCCGCGGCCACCUGCGAGGGCUGCGGGGUGUCCCCACCCACCGCCCCCAGACCUCACGUUAGCGACGAGCCCUGGCGCAGCUCCCCGGACUGCCCGGACAACAUCGGUGAGAGGGGUGCACCCACCGCACCUGUCUGGGACCCCGUCCCCUCGGGCCGAAUCCGCUCCUGCCCCUGCUGUGAGGACCUUUCGCUGCUGCUCAGAAUUCCCGGGGUUAGAAGGGACACCGGAGGGAUCCCAUUUCCAAGUCCUCGAACAGAUUUUAUUUGUAGGAACGCCUGGGUGGCUCCAUCGGUGAAGUAUCUGCCUUCGGCUCAUGUCACGAUCCUGGGGUCCUCAAUCAACCCCCACAUCAGGCUCCCUGCUCAGUGUGGGGUCUGCUUCUCCCUCUGCCUGCCGCUCCUUUCUGCUUGUGCUCCCUCUCUCUUGCUCGCUCACUCUGUCUCUCUCAAAUAAAAUCUUUUUAAAAAGUUAAA